UCAGCUCCUUGCUUCCCACUCCAAGCCAAAUAUAUAUGCCUUUCUUCGUUCUCAUUUGAAUGUACCUCCAUUUCCUGGAGCUAGACUCCUCUCGCCGAUUUGUCGGGUACCCAGACAAUAAAGGUCGCCGUCUUUCUCCGGCUACAGCUUCUAUUAACUCGGAGAUUCUGGGGUUUCAUAGAAGUUGACCGAAUCCAGGAACGAUCAAGUGAUAAAGAAAAGGGAUGAUUGAAUUCGAAGAGAGAGCAAAGAUGAUACCGUUCUCUUAUUGAUCUUUUUUUAUCAGAUCUCCGACUAUCCCCCGCGUGAUGGAAAGGAUCUGUGGAAGAAGAAUGAGAAGAGAUGGAUCAAAUAGCGAGCUGGUAGACGGAGAAGUCAGAAAGCUAAGUCGCCCUAGUCUAAUCUGGUUAUGCCCUAGCAGCCGCCCGCCGGGUUCGUGAGUUCUGCAAGAUUUGAUUUUCUGUUAUUUGAUUCUUUUGCGGUGGUUUCAGUUUUUGCUUCGGGGUCCUGGUGGGGAGAUGGAUCCGAUUCCACUUAGAGAUAUAAGGGCUUUUGGGGGAUUUCUGGAUGGUGGUAUGUUUCGUGUUGGUACUUCGUCUGUAGCGGCAUUAAUUCUGGAUGGGGAGAGCGGUGAGCUGGUUCAAGCGCCGGUUAAGCUGGGGAAGAGGGGAGGAGGAGGCGUUGCUGAUGCGAGGUCAGCAAUGGCUUUGAAGAGUCAUAGCGAGGCUGAGAGGAGGAGGAGGGAGAGGAUUAAUGGCCAUCUUUCUACGCUCAGGAGGAUGACUCCGUGCGCUGAUAAGUUGGACAAAGCUGGGCUGCUUGCUGAAGUGAUUAACCACAUUAAGAAUUUGAAGAGUGAUGCUGUCGAGAUUGGGAAAUUUUGUACCAUUCCAUCUGACACUGACGAACUGAAGGUUGAGGUCGAUGGUGUGGGUGCAAGCAACAACAGCUUAUCAAUCAAAGCAUCCUUCUGCUGUGAUGACCGUCUGGGACUUCUAGCAGAUUUAAAGCAUACUCUGGAGUCUUUACAGCUAAAGACUAUAAGUGCUGAGAUCUCAUCUCUUGGUGGCAGAGUCAAAUUUGUCUUUGUGAUGACUGGUGAAGGACUUAAUAAUGAUCUUGAGAGGCAUUUAUUGAUAACAACUAUUCACCAGGCUCUCAAAUCUGUACUUUACCGGGCUAGUUCCAUGGAUUUACUGCCAAAUGCCUGCUUUCCUGGCAAGAAGCGCAGGAUUUCACUAUUCGAAUCUUCAUCUUCUUCUUCAUGAGAUAUAAAUAUACUUUGUUGGAAUAUUUGGGGUUAUGUUUUAGAUAAAGGGAAGUGAGAGAAAUCAAAUUAAAGUUCGAACAGCCAUUGAAUUCAGAUUUUUGAAUUCAUUUUCAUGUCCUUAACACCCAUAUUCCUUGCAUCCAAACAUGAUCUUGGUGAUAUUUCUGGGUUUCAAGUGUUUGUUGGAAUGCUUUGGAUUGCUGUGAUCAUCAAUGCUGAGGUUGAUGAAAAGAGUCUUUGCCGGGCAUGCGAGGCAAGGUUUUGUUAGAGGGGGGAUAAGUUUGCAUUUUAGUCAUGAAGUUAAGCAUUAAGGCACUGAUUAAGGUGUUUACUACUACUGGAGUUUUAAACAUCCUAUAUGUGAUAGAAAUAUAACUAUCAAUUAAGAUUUGGGAUUCUUAUAGGGUGCUUCAAAAGUCCUAUAUGAUCUUGUUUAGGGGAAAUUGUUUUUCUUGGUUUCUUUCUGUAGGCCGAGGUCAGGCGAUAAAUUCCAUCCUAUUGGUCUUCUAAACAAAAUUAAUACUUACGUGGAAGGUAUGAUUGCUGCAGUAGGAGAGAGUGAAGCUCAGGUUGCCUACAAUUUGUUUUCUUAAGCUUUUGUUGAGAUUUGGAUCAUAAAUAAUGUAUAUUACUGUGAUUUUUCUCUUUACUUUUUAGUUUUGCA